GGGCGGGCUUACAACCAACUUCCAGUGGGAAUUCUGUAUUUUGGUGUUUUAAAAAAAGCUGGAAUCCUCCUCUAUGAGAGCCCCGUUUUCACCAUCCACCUUAGGCCUUCGCAUCAGACACGGUUGAGCUGAAUAUGCGCAUAACGUCAAGGACACAAGCGCGUUUCUGCUUUCAUUCAGAAGACGUCCGGCUGUCGUAAACUACGGUACGAGCUUUGGCCAGGUUUUUUAAAAGGAAACAAAUUUGAAAAAAAGAGGAAAAAAGCAAAGAAACAGGUAGUAACGUUAAGUUACACUUGGAGAAGGAGUGGGGGGGGAAAUCGCAUCACAACUUUUAAUUGUCUUCCCUCUUAUUUGGACGGGACCGGUGACGAUGUCUGUCGAGAGUUACUCAGCCCUGGAUGAGUCUUCGCUCAAAGCCCUGCUGGACGGAACCGUGGAUCUGGAUGAGAGACGCCUGAUCCGUUCAGCCCUCCGCGAGCUGAGGAGGAGAGAGAUCGAAGACAUGGAGGCUGCCUUGGCUAGCAAGCGAUUCCGUCCCACACGUCUCAACCAGCAGGAGGACAAGGAGAACCAACACAGAUCAGAAUCCAGUGACACUUUAGACCUCCUAUCAGUGAAAUUGCAAGCCAUCCAUGACAUUGAUGAGCUCACUAAACUGCUUCGUAGUGCCAGCGAGUACGAGGAGAGGAGGUUGAUCAGAGCAGCCAUCCGCCGCCUCAGAGAUGAGGAGCAGCAAGGGACUGUGGAGAGGGCCAAAACUCCCGGUCACUUCCUGGAGCCAGACAGCCGGGAACCCCAGAGCAGCAUGGGACCCGUGGAGCCAGAGCGUGGGAGCCUCAGCGAAAGAGAGCGAGUCAGAUCACAGAUCAGGGAAUUGCACAGCCAGCAGACGCAACAGGGCAGAGAGCUACACAGGAAAGGCUCCAGCUCAGGCAUGGUGUUAGUUUUAGACCAGUUGGUGAAGGAUGAGGGCCCAGGACCUCUUCUGAACCAGCCCCAGAGCGAGCCUGUGACUGCAGAGCCAGAUCUUGUUCUGUCCCACUGUCAGAGGUCCGACUCGACAGCUUCAGACCGCACCAUGACCUCGGUGCUUUCCAGAGCCCAUCUGGACUCUGGGGUCUCAGAGAAGAGCCUCGGUUCAGCCUUCCGGACCAGACUGGACUCUGGUGCCUCAGACAGAAGCCAGGCUUCCUCCCAGCGCAGCCGGCUGGACUCCGGAGCAUCAGAGCUUAGCAUCAGUUCCCAGUCCCGCUUCAGACAGAGAAUGGACUCAGGUGGCUCUGACUCCAGCGUGGGAUCCAGGCCUCGCUUGGGCUCUGGGACUUCAGACAGUGCAGGUCUGUUGUCUCGCAAACGGCAGGACUCAGGAACAUCCAUACAGAGUGUCAGUAUGUCUUCUGAGGAGAAAGUUCAUGCAGGAGAGGGUGGGGUUGCCAUGAGCGGCUCCUCUUCCAGCAUAGACUCAGAAACUGAGCACAACAACCACCUUCCAGUCAGCCUUCAUGAGCAGUCUGCCCAGGAUUGCUCUAUCGACAUCACUGACCAGGAACAGCCUGAUGGGGCUCUUUUAUCUAAGAAAGACUUGGUCUCCCAAAAUGGCCUACUCAACGGCAGUGCCAAGGCAAAGGCUGACCUCCAAGAACAGAAGGUUACUUUAAGUAAAGAUCCGCCCAUCGCUCCUCUCAAAACGACAAAGGAUACCGCACCAGAGGGAAAAGAAGCUACCUUGGCUCCAUUCAGCCGGGCCAACUCUGUAAGGGACCGAAUGCGCAAGUUCACAGAUCCUAGCUCCAUCCCAAAUGUCUCAGUCCCAACGAAGGGCUCUCUGAGGAAUGGAACCACCUACAGCGGUAGUAGUGGCCAAACAAAUCUUACCCGAGCGGCUCAGCUGUUUGCCGGCACAGAAGCAUCCCUUGGUGCCCCUGGAGACAGGCCAGAAAGGCCACGUGUGGGCUCCACAUCUCACACCUUCUCAGCCUCCUCCAGCAUAGGAAGCCCAGCCCAGAGCCAGGCUACACCUCAUCCAGAGAGUGUGGCCAAAAAACCUCUGUCCUCAACCAGCCAAUCCAAAGACUCCAUGGGUGGGACAAUGCACCCAGCUGAAAAGCCUGUGCACAAGUCGAGCUCCUCAGAGGAAGACGAGACCCGAGGGAGAGCAGCUGGACAGCAGGACACCCAAGGAGAAUCCGAUCCUGAUAUGAAGACCUUUCUUACCAUUGAGAUCAAGGAUGGGCGCACCACCACAUCCUCAACGCCCUCCUUGCGGAGCAAUAUUAUACCCAUCACCAGUAUGACCCCCCGCAUCACCACCAAUGCUAAUGGACAGAGAGCAGAGUUGACCCUGGGCCUGAGAGCUACGCCAUUUAAGAUCUCGUCGUCCAGCUUCAGCUCAGGAUCCUCCUUCAAGAUGGAGACGGAGCCUGUUGUGGCCUCAGAGCCUGUAUUUUCAGUGGGGCCCUCUGUCCAGGUGGCCUGUCAUGCCCCAGCCAUCCUCAAUGGCUCCAGUACCACUCAGGCAAAACCCGAGGAACGCCCCGGAAAGCUGAGUGCUGAAGAGCUAGCUGACAUUGAGGAUGAAGAGCUUCUUGAUAAAAUGCUUGAUGAGUCAAAAGACUUUGAAGAGAGGAAGAUGAUUCGAGCUGCUAUGAGAGACCUUCGUAAGAGAAAGAGAGAGUCCAUGCUGGGAUGUUCUCAAGAAGAAAUGGGUAGGACAGACCAGAGAGAAAAGGAGCGCGAGACCCGCCUGCAGGAGCUCCGGCAGCAGAGAGACGAGCGUGCACAGAAGGGUCGUGCAGGGGCCGGUGCAGGAGAGGUGGUGAUGAGGAAGGUGGAGAAGUCCACAGAUGGCUCCAAACUCAGCCAAGUCACCAAGACUGACCGAUUUGCCCAGUCUGACGAUGGCAACAAGUCAACUCGCAGCACCAUCAUGGAGUCGAGCUAUGUGCAGAAAACAGACAGAGGGACAGUUCAGUCCAAAACCUACAGCUUUACCUCCUCCACUUCCUCUUCCAGUAGCACAACCAAGAAAGUGGGCAGUGUGUUUGACCGUGAGGAUGACUCAUCGACUCGCGGUAGCGGGCUGGCGGCUGUGGAGCGAAGGCAGGCCGAGAGGCGCAAGGAGCUGAUGAGGGCUCAGACUCUUCCCAAGACCUCUGCCAUGCAGGCCCGUAAAGCUAUGAUUGAGAAGUUGGAGAAGGAGGGUGGGGGCCCCGGGAACCAGGCAGUUGCCAAGGUCCAGCGUUCCACUAGCUUCGGUGUGCCCAACGCAAACUCCAUCAAGCAGAUGCUGCUGGACUGGUGCCGGGCCAAGACCCGAGCUUAUGAGAAUGUGGACAUUCAGAAUUUCUCCUCCAGUUGGAGUAAUGGCAUGGCGUUUUGUGCCCUGGUCCAUAAUUUCUUCCCUGAGGCCUUUGACUAUAAUUCAUUGAGCCCAAGCAAUCGCAGGCAAAACUUUGAGGUGGCGUUCAGCACAGCAGAGACCCAUGUCAACUGCAUGCCCUUGCUGGAGGUUGAGGACAUGAUGAUUAUGGGUAAUAAACCUGACUCCAAAUGUGUCUUCACCUACGUACAGUCUUUGGUUAAUCACCUGCGCAGGUACGAGAUGGCCAUGGGUCGUCCCUCCGACCUCUGAUCCAGCUCUGUCCUCGGUGUGUACAACUACAACUAUAGUCCUAACACGUUCAGCACAGGGUGGUACCCCAGUCGGUAGCCCUCCUUCUUCACAAGCCCUGACCCCAUCACUGUCUUCACCCUAUAAACAGACGAGUCUCUGAGAAACAGAGUCACAGAUUUGCACAUCUCUGAUGGAAUAAUUGAGGAUGGAAUAUGUGUUUGUAUGUUACCAGUUUGCUAAUUAUCUUUGUUAGCGAUGGUGAUGUGAUAGAUAAGUUCAUCUCUCCUGGACAGAAGUUCAAAGCCCCUCAUUUUCCAGAGCAAGAGUGCCAAAGUUUUUGGUUUUUUUUAUUAUCUUUUUAAGCUUUACAAUUUUUAUAUUUGAUUUCUUCUUUUCAUUAUUUUAAAUUGGAUCAGUAUCUGUAAUAUUCAACAUCUAAGUUGCAUUACUUUUUCUUAAUGAGAGGCCCUCAAAGAAAUAUACAAGAGAAAAAAAAGUCUUUUUCUAUAUUUCCCUUAAAUUAUUUAUGCUUUCAUCUUUUCCCGCUCAAGCAACUAUUGUUAGCUGUUAGCAUAAAUGUUAGUGAUGCCACUGAAAAGAAAAAAAAAAGAAAAUGUGCAAAUGGUAUGAUGCAUCUCUACAUGUGUCUGUGUUCACUCUGGUACUGUCAAAGAUUUUUUUCUUUUUACCAAAAUCUGCAUGGUUUUUAACACAUAUGUACUUGAAUUAUUUUUCCAGUAGUUCCUAUCAUGUCUUUGUAAUAAUGACCAUUAUUAUUUUACUAUUUAAUUGAGUUCAUGAGCACUGGGAUGUUUUUCUCUGUAGUUAAAAAGAACACUAUCAUUGGAUGGAUUCUGUAGUGCUACUGAGAGCCAGCUUUAGCUUUGUGAAUUUUAACACUAUAAUUUUGUCUUGAUAUCACACACGGUCCUUUGUCAGUGGCCCAUUUUACAUCAUGUAACGUCCACAUUCAUUAUUCAGGCUGGAAAAAAUAUUUUGAAACGGUUUGAAGUGCAAAACUCAUUGGAGUGUUUGACUUUGGUCACAGGAUGUAAAAAAACAAAACAAAAACAGAAUUAAGCUGUGCAGCGCUCCCAUCACCACCACACACAUACUAAAAACACACACGGGCACAUGGCCAUUUUUUUUGUGGGCUCCUAAUUUAUGCUUAGGUAGUUGUCAGAAUAAUUCUAUGGACAUUAUGCUUUUAAAUUUUGUCCAGUAAGAAUUUGAACCCAAGCCAAAAAUAUUUUAUGAACAAAUUAACAUUAUUUGGAAUUAGUUAUUAGGGCCGAAUGAAAGCUGGCUUUCAAGCUCAGUCAAUUACUAGUAAACAGAGGAUUAAUAAUCAUGGCUGAACAUACUUUGUUAGUAAUGUGUAUUUUCUAACCAUAUGCUGAGGAGAAUAUCAUUGAAAAGAUUUUUUUCAACUUGCGUAUUUUAAGAUCCUUUAAAAAAAUUCUAAAAAAUGCUCUGAAACCAGCACAGGUUGCUUUCAAAGCUGAUAUUGAUAUAACUAAAUUUUUAAUGCUUUGUUUGAACAUAUUUAGAGUAAAUAUUUGAGAAAUAUUACUGUGUUACCAACUUGGAAACUAAGAGCUUCCACAAAGCUGCAAACCCUGUACAUACAAGCUAUAACACACGAUGACUUCAUGUUUCUGUGUACCACAGUUAAAUGUGAAUUAAACCAGUUUAAGAA